GGGUUACGCGCUGCUUGCACCGACUUUUCUGGUUGAAAAUUUUUCAGAUUCCAUUCACUUCGAUUCCGAGUUUUCUUCUUGAUUUGCUCCCGUAUUUCUGAAUUCUGAUGGCUAACAACGAAGAUAAUCGCGAGGAGACUAGUCCUCUUCUCCAGCAAUGUCAAGAAGCUGACAAGACUGAAAAGAAGCAUGAUUCAUCCAAAACAGGUCCAACCUCACCAGAGUCGCCGACAUCGGCGCCUACUAUCGGAAAAGGUUAUGGAUGGACGGCCGAUGGCCUCCCUUUAUCACACGGGAGCGUGAUGGGCGAGCCAAUGGGUCGGACUCUUUGGAACUCCAGCAUUUGUGCCUGUCUCGGGCGUAACGAUGAGUUCUGCAGCAGUGAUCUUGAAGUUUGUCUUCUUGGAAGUGUAGCUCCUUGUGUGCUGUAUGGAAGCAAUGUUGAGAGGCUUGGAUCUGCACCUGGGACGUUUUCUAAUCAUUGCUUGACUUACAGCGGUCUGUAUUUUAUUGGAAAUUCCCUCUUUGGCUGGAAUUGUCUUGCUCCAUGGUUUUCUUAUCCUAGCCGUACUGCUAUUCGCCGGAAGUUCAAUUUAGAGGGAAGUUGCGAGGCACUCGAUAGAUCAUGUGGGUGCUGUGGAUGCUUUUUGGAGGAUGAGAUGCAGCGUGAACAUUGUGAAUCAGCCUGUGACUUUGCAACUCAUGUAUUCUGUCAUGCGUGUGCCCUUUGCCAAGAGGCUCGUGAGCUGCGUCGUAGGCUUCCCCAUCCUGGCCAUAAUGCUCAACCACCAGUCUUGGUUAUGAUCCCGCCGGCAGAGCAGAUCAUGGGACGUGAGGCUUGAAAAUGAUCUUCUUUCAUCUCGAAAGGGCUAUUUCUAUGUGUUAUUUAUGAGUGUUGACUAAACAUAGCUUGUAUGUUGUACAAGUCUGUUAAGCUUCUCGCAUGCAGAUUCUUGCUGGCUGUCUGGUAUGUAUAAGAACAGGAGAUUGCUACGUGUCAGUUUGCUUUUAGUGCUGUGCUGUUAUUCCUAAUGUUUUUAAAUUUAUAUCGUAUUAUGACUGCAAUGGUUUGUGAAGAUCUUUCUGCCGGUUUGUAUGCGGUGAUUCUUUGGUUUAUCGCACCAAGUCAUUAUCAAUAUAUCGAUGCAUUUAGUAUGUAA